AGUGACCAAUCAGAGGGCAAGAAGAGCUUCUACCUGAGCAGGUAUCACCCGUGUGAGGCUCUCUAAAGCUGCUCUGCGUCUGCAUGCGGUCUAUCGGAGCCAUCUCACCCGAAAACCCCUCUGAACACAGAAAAGCGGGAUAAAACACAGCGGUUAUGGAGGCUAGAGGUGUUCUAGUUGUGUGUUUCAUCUGCCUGUGCGCGUUCAUCGGCGCGCGUGGCGACAAAAAGGACGUUUUCGCGAAAGUUGUGGAUUUGGUGGCUCCAGGUGAAGAGUUCCUCACAGAAGAUGCUCUCCUGUCGGUGUUCGAAGGGCUGGAGAACCGUGUGCAGUGCUCCGGUGUGUCGUGUGGAAAGUGUCUUUCAGUGGAUCAUCUCUCGCAGCUGCUGGGGAACUUCAGCAGCUCUCAGGGGCUCCAGAUGGAGGAUUUCUUCAGCGUGGCCCCCGCGUGCUGUCUGUUCCUCAGCGCUCCUCUGGAGACCUGCAGGGCCGUACGGGAGGGCCGCUGGGGCCAAGAAACACAUCGCUUCAUCGAAACCAUCUACGGCCACGAGCAUGACCUCAACCAUACCGGCGAUCAUCCUCCUCACGGAGACGGCGGGGAGCAUGAGGGCUUGGAGGAGAUGUUUCUCCAGAUGGAGAAAUACUAUCAGCCCCACACACAUGAGCCCUGUCUCACGCUGAAGGACAUCUUGGACGAGAGCGGUCAUCAGGAGCUGGACGCCGUGAUGGGGAACGUCCUCUAUCACGCUCUGCGUGGAGACUGCAUGAAAACACAGCACCUCCCCGAGCAGCAGUACUUCCUGGAUUACAUCUUCGGCCGCUUCGGCUCGGAUGAUCUCACGCUUCGGGAUUUUGAAGGGCUUCUAAAGGCUUUAAGCCUGGGUGGAGAGGAACACGGGCAUGAAGAUCAUGAGGAUGAGGAGCACCAGCACAGACGGAGUCGUCCGGAGCCAACGCCUCGCACCAACAGCAGCUGGGACACGGCCUGUUUCAGCGCCGAGGACCUGUUGAGGAUUCACCGGCUGAACUCCUCAUCGCUGACCAGGGAUCAGCUGACGCAGAUCAGCCCCGCUCUGAUUCAGCAGGUCCUCAGCGGAGGCUGUUCUGAGAUCAGUCCUGAACCCCUCAGCCCGGAUUCCCUCACCACAGCUGAGAGAUAUGGAUACGCCACGCUGGCCAACCUCAUCAUCUGUCUGAUGGCCAUGUUUGGGAUCGUGGUGCUGCUGUUCUCGGCGUGCACGCGAGUGUUCGAGCUCUGCAUCCAGUUCUGCAUCAGUCUGGCCGUGGGCUCUCUGACGGGAGACGCUCUUCUGCAUCUGCUGCCCGCGUUCUUAGGCCUCCACGUCCACGAGGACGGACUCGAUCACGAUCACGCCGGGGACAGCUUCGACCACGUCUACAAGCUGCUGGUGCUUCUUGCGGGCAUCUACUUCUUCUUCCUGAUGGAGAGCGUCUUCUCCAUCGUCACUCGCAGAGGACACCGCCACAGUCACGAUGAAGAGGAGUCUGACGUUCAUCACUGUGAUCACGGCAAAGUCCUGCAGAUGUUCCAGCGAGAGAAACAAAGCAAGCACUCCAACUCACAGGCCGAUCUGGUGGAUGCCGAAAAAACUGAGAAGUUCUUCCUGGAACCUGCUGGCCUCAAAAGAGAGCAGCGUUUGCUUCCCUAUAUGAUCACCAUUGGAGACGGCAUCCAUAACUUUGCAGACGGUCUGGCGCUCGGAGCGGCGUUCUCCAUCUCGUGGCGCUCCGGUCUGGCCACGUCUCUGGCCGUGCUCUGCCACGAGCUGCCGCAUGAGUUAGGUGACUUUGCGAUCCUGUUGCACUGUGGUCUGUCGGUCAAGCAAGCUCUGCUGCUGAACGUGGGCAGCUCUCUCACCUCUUUCGUCGGUCUGUACAUCGCUCUGUCCAUCUCAGCAGAGACCGUCGCAAAGGAGUGGAUUUCAGCCGUCACCGCCGGGCUCUUUCUGUACGUCGGUCUGGCAGACAUGCUUCCUUCCCUGGUUCACGUGGACACUAAAAGACCUUGGCUGGUAUUUUUCCUGCAGAAUCUGGGACUUUUAAGCGGUUGGGGCAUUUUGCUGCUCUUGUCCUUUUAUGAAGACCAAAUAGGGCUGUGAAUAGGGAGCGUUUGUUUUUAUUUGUGCCUUUUUCCUAUAUCUGUGCAAUCAGUGCAGCCCUGUGCGUUUUCACGUGAAAUAUCUCUAGUGUUUUUAAAUUACACUCGGAUGGAAAAGUCUGCCGAUUAGAAAUCAACUUUGUGCACCUUAAAGCAAAGAAAACUUUUGCACAUUUUCUAGAUUCAUUCAAGGCAAGAAUCAAUAAUUGAUGACAUGUAAGGCUUUUAGUAGCUACUGUCUUUUGAAUUUUUAAUAUUAUAUUUUAUUAGUAAAUGCCUAAAAGAUAUGUCUGUACUGUAUUUUUGAAGUAAUAUAUUUUUAAAGAUAUCAGCUCAAAAUAUAACAAUGCAUAUGUUACACUUGAUAGGAGGUAGCGAUUAAAUUCUGCUUUUUUCAUAAGAAUUUCCAUUUUUUGGAUGAACUAUGCCUUUAAGAGCUUCUGAUGUGUUUUAUAGAAAUAAAAUCUGUAAAUAAAUGCAAA